GCAAAUGUCCACAAAAAUAAUAAAAUGAUCAUUAUGACUUUUAAUUUUAAUAUUAAUCAUGGUAAAUAAACUUAAUAAGAACGCUAUAGAAGCUCAUAAUGAACUUAGAGCGUUGCAUGGUUGUCCAAAAAUAAGUUAUGAUUCAAAACUGGCUAGUGAUUCUCAAAAGUGGGCUGAACACUUGGCUUCAACAAACUGUAUGCAGCAUAGUAAAGCAGAUGGAUACGGUGAAAAUUUAGCAUUUCAAAUGGCUACAGCCGGUGUAUCACUGAAUGGCCGUGAAGUAACUCGAAAUUGGUACGAUGAAAUUAAGCAACAUGAUUUCAAUGGACAAAAUCAACCUGGAUCAGGACAUUUUACUCAAGUAAUUUGGAAGUCAACUAAUAAAGCAGGAUUCGGUUCUGCAUUCUCCAAAGAUGGAAAGAAAGUGUACCUAGUGGGACGUUAUAAACCAUCCGGAAAUAUAACUGGUUAUUAUGCAGAUAAUGUACCGAAACCAAAGAAAGAGCCUCCACCAAGAGAUGAAUUUAUCAAAAUACCAGAAAGUAAAUGUUCAAUAUUGUAAUUUGUAUCUGGAUUGGAUCAAUUAUUAAAUACACGUUAAUAAUAGAAUGGAUCACGAUCAAAAAAUAUGACUACUUAUUUAAAACAAAAUAAUAUACAUAUAUAUGUAUAAAAGUAUUUGUGAUGAAUUGACUUUAUUUCACAAUUAAUGAAAAUUUAUAAUAUAAAGAAAUGAAUACAUGAUAGAUCUGUUUGUUGAAUGAAUUCCUUUAUACAUUUUAUUAAAAGUUUAUUUUGUCAUGAUUUAGAUUUGUUUGGUUUUCAUUUAACUGAUGGGUAUUAUUUUGACAUUAUAUUAUUAAAGAUUUCAAAAAGUAAUCUA